AAGCAACUUAGAUGGUCACGCAUCACAAACAUUUCAUCGAAAAUGUGAUAACAAAGGGGCAACAAUUGUUGUUGGAAGAAUUGCAAACUCAAGUCGCCUUGUUGGAGGUUACAAUCCACUUGAUUGGAAUGGACAUAAUGUAUGGAAAAAAACAAAAAAUAGCUUCUUAUUUGUAUUAGAUAAGAAUGAUCUCAAAAAAGCAACGGUAUCACGUGUUAAUCAUAAUCUUUGUAAUCGUGCCAUUGGUUGCAGCGGUGAUCAUGGUCCAUUAUUCGGAGGUCAUGAUUUACUCAUUUCAAAUAACAUGACUAUUUGGGAAUUUAAAACAAAGACCUAUCCUCGAUUAAUAAACACAAAUUCACUUUCAGUCUCAGAUUAUGAAGUUCUUCAA